UUGCAAAGUUGCAAUUGUUAUCUCAUCAAUACGAUUGCAAAUGAAUGUCACAUCAUAAUACAAUUCCAAUGUGGAUGAUCUAACGAAGAAGUGACAAUGUUGAAUUUUUUGUUCUCUCUCCCACCCUAUAAGUUACUUGAUAUAUAUGUUUUUGGAUAUGCAAUUGUGAUGGUCCAAAACAUACUAUUUAUAGGUGGAGAGAGGACCGAAAUUUCUACAAAGUUUCGUUAGAUUUAAUUUCAACUAUCCAUCAUGGAAGAGUUACAAUAGGUAGAUAACUCUUUGGAGUUAUUUAUCUUGGCUAACUCCUUGUUCUUAAAACCAAUUUAAUAAAAGAUAACACUCACAAUCCUAUCGUAACUCAUGGGUUUCAUAUUAGAUUAUAUUAAGGAUGAGAUAUUUCUCUUGCACCAAAAGUGAUCUAACAAUCUCUCACUUGAUCUUAUGAAUACCCAUGAUUUUUUCUUAUAGGAAAUCAUAAUGUGCGCAUAAAUUGGUAAUGUUUUUUAAAUAUUUAGUUUAUUAUCAUAAGUGACUUGAUUGAUCUAGUUGAUAAUAAUAUAUCAGUCAUAACUUAACAACCUUAAUUCCUUCCAUGCACCACUGAUAAUACCUGAUUCAGGGCUAAUUACAUAUAUUUUACUCCUCAUUUCUUGAUCAUUUGACUUGCUAAAUCAUCCUCACUCGAUCUAUUUUACGCUAGAUUUUGCUAUUUUGUUAUAUUUCAGGUCCUAGUACGUGUGAGAAGGUCGAGGACGAGUUUCAGGACGAUUGGAGGUCGAAAAGUGCCAAAAAAUGAAAAAAAGUACAAAGCAACCAUGACAAUUGCAUGACGGCCGUGAAGUUUGCUAAGAAAUAAGGAUGUAUUUGCACUUCGCAGGCCUAAACGACAUCACGGACGUCAUAAUGUGAAAAUUUACCAGAGACCGUGAAGUCAGACAAAAACGGCAGUAACCACUUGCUUUUUUGGCCGAGAUCAUGGUCGGGCUUUUAACACGGCCGUGACAGUGACCAUGAAAAUUGACUAUCGGGAUGUAUAAAAGACAGCAACAGGGGAGAGAGAUAGGAGAGCUGGUUUUAGAAGAAAUUGAUUCUCUCGCUAAGGUUUCGACCCAAAACACCAAAGGGGAGUUCUGGUGAGAAAGAGAGAGAGAGAGUUCUUGAGUGAUUUUGGAGCUUAAUUGAAGCAAGGAAAGCCUAGAAGAAGAAGAAGAUCUAGUGCUCCAAUUUAUAAUCUAUCUCUUCUCUCUCUAGAAACUAGCCCGCUUUUCUUGGAUUUAAAAACCCUAGGUCUAAGUUUUGAUUUUAUGUUGAUGUAUGUGACAAAUUUCAUGUUAUUUUUUAUUGCUUCUCCUCCACAAAUACAUAAUAUGUAAAACCUACAAUUUCCUCAAGCCAGUGGCGGAGGGAGAGUAUAAUAGCGACCCACCCUGACUCGGAAGGAAAAUUGUUCAAUUCAGUACAAUAGUUAAUUUAUAUAAAAAAUUAGGGCGUAUUUAAUUGAAAAUAGUUGAUCGAAAGAUUUUGUGUUCGAAUCUUGGCGACCUCAUUUGUUAAGUACACGGUAUACAGAUUUGUGCAAACUUCAUUUUUCUAUAAGUUGACUUUCUUAUAUGAGCGAGUGUGCUAGUAAAUAGUAUAAGAUAUAUUAUUGAACCUCUUCCAACAACUCAUUUAUUGAUUCAAAAAGAUUCUUGACAAAUAACAUCAUUUGUAAGUGACUGACUAACUAAAUCAUGAAUUAUUGUUUGGUGUAAGAUUUAUUAAUAAAUAUCUCUUGACAACUCGAGUUAUAGAUACUAAUGGUUUCUGACAAAGAACAUCAUACGAAACAGAACGACUAAGUGGACCAUCUUAGAUGAAAUUUUCCAAUAUAAGAUUGUUUUUGACAACUCGAGUUAUAGAUACUAUUGUUUUGACUGCAAAUCUAUUUUAAUUAACCAAAAUUUUCCAAUAUAAGAUUAUGUCACGAAUGAUUCGCAAAGUUAACAAAAAUUAUUUUAUCAUGUGUAUUUUUCUUCUAAGUGGACCAUCUUAGAUGAAAUCCUGGCUACGCCACUGCCUCAAACCAUACUUUAAUUCACCUAAUAAAUAAAAUGUCCAAAUAUUAUCAAACAAAUCCCACAAAUAAUCCUAAAAACACCAAAAAUAUAAAUAAUUGUCCCUAACAUAAAAGUAGCAUAUAAGCAAUAUGACAUACGUUUACCAAUUCCCAUCCCACCGCUUGAGAACAUUUUUUUCCUCCAGGUUGAGCGGCACCCGCCUAGUUUAGCCUUAGCUACCUCCACUUUUCCUUUGUCUCAUCUCAUCCUUAAAACUUUGACUUUCCAUCAACAACACCUGUUUCAAAUGCACAUAGUGGUGCCCAAUGACGCACCACUCGUCACAGUUACAACUUUUUUUCGUCCUGACACUUUUUCUACAUCUUAGCAACAAUCAAUCUCAUAAAUCCCCCUGGGGAAAGGUGACGACUCAAUCAAAACAUCGCAUAGUCGAUCCAGCCACCCAGUCCAGCAUGAACUACAAAAUCCCAUAUGAUUCACUGGAGUUGAGUUGAGUUUCAUUCCCUCCAUUACAGUGCAUCUCCUUCCAAAUCAAGGGGAGUGAGAUGCAACGUCGAUUAAUCCCUUGUGCCACGACCUAGAAUUGUCAUGUGUGAUGUGCCCACUAUAGCGGUUCUAGCUCCCAGCAGGUUCGGAUGAUGUGACACAACCUAAUUCCACAUGUGACAUGUCCUCUUUCUCCAUCUGAUAAUCUCGUCUUGUUUCUUAAGCCUUAUAUGAAAAAGUUCCCAAGUGGGCCUUGCUUGCUUCAAUCGAUCAAUUAAUUACAAACCAGUAGUUACAGUGAAAACAAUACCAUAAAGUACUGCCUCGCAAAUUGAUGGUGGCAAACAAUAUCGAACAAUUGAACCAGGGAGUAUUGGACCAGGACAUCAGGACGUCAAGUCCGCCAGCCCAGCCCAGCUCGCACGCAGUUACUUGGACGCCAAGUAGCCGAGCAAACAGUCCUUAUCCUACAUGUAUUUGUUCUCCUUGUGAUACCCUAGAUAAUUAUGUUGAAAAAGGGUAUAAAUACAUGUAUCAGGCCAUCGGCCAAACCACUGAAUAAGAGAACGAAAUCUUCCCGUGGAUGUAAGCCUCACACACUGUGAGGAAGAACCACGUAAAAUCUCGUGUCACUUUUAUCGUUCUUGUCAAAUUUUACAUGGUAUCAGAGCUGUGAGUUCCAGCUAUCCUGUUCAUAAUCCAUCAUGUCUCUCAAUGACGAUGGAUCGAGUGGAGAGAAGACCCUCACUGUCGGCAGCAACAAAGAACCCGAUCUCCCGCCCGUGUACCAACUCAGCAACUCGGACGGCCCGGGGCAGAUGCUCAUCGGCGAAGCACUGUCAGCUUCGAAUUAUGGUGAGUGGGUACUUGAUAUGAAAGAUGCCCUCAUCGCUAAGAAUAAGUUUCGGUUCGUUGAUGGAACCCUAAACAAACCCAGCGGACCAGGCGAAAGAGAGGCUUGGAUCCGUUGUGAUGCGAUGGUGAAAGGUUGGCUAAAGACCGCAAUGGACAAAGAAAUACGGAGUAGCAUACGAUUCGCGGAAACAGCUCGUGAAAUCUGGGCGGAUCUCCAUGCUCAUUUUGGCCAAGGGAGCUCGUCUAGGGCGUAUGAACUUAGACGUCUCAUUAGCAUGUUGCAACAAGAAAAGCACUCGGUUUCGGCUUUCUACACGAAACUUCGGGCGUAUUGGGAAGAAGCCUCAGCAAUCUCGCCCACACCUGUUUGCACGUGUGGCCUGUGCACAUGUGGCGUUUCUCGACAAGUGCGAGAGCAGCAGGAUAACUCUCGCCUGUUUGACUUCCUCAUGGGCCUAGACGACGCGUUUGCAGCAGUCCGCAGCCAAGUACUGGCCAUGAGGCCGAUACCAUCUCUUUCCAAAGUUUUUAAUAUAGCCUUGAACGAAGAGCAACAGAAGGCUAUCACCCAAAACCGUCGCCCAUCCCCAGAAGCAGCGGCCUUUAAUACUCGUGGAGAGACGGACAGAUCGGCGCGAAGUGCGGGGGAGCGAGAAAGGGUGCGCUGCACCCAUUGUCAAAAGACUGGCCAUUUGCGGGAGAACUGCUACGAGCUCGUGGGCUAUCCACCGCGGGAUCGAGAGAAGGACAGAGAUCGAGCUGCUGGUGACAAACAGCAGCGACGCCGUAAUCCUCGAGGCUCCAUGGAUAACUCCACCCGCGAACCGAAGGCUUUGCAGGCCGACGCCAUCAAAGCCCUGUUCAGGGAUUCACAAUGAAGCAACUGGAGCAACUAAAAAAGUUCUUUGGCCAACCCUCAACAGGAGAUGAUCCUGUGGCUAACAUGGCAGGUAUAAUCUCUGAUACUUCUGAAUGGUUGAUUGAUUCAGGUUGCAACGAGCACAUCACGAUGGAUGACUCGUUAUUAUCUCGCAAAGAAUUGAAUGUUAGUGGACAACCAGUGCGCAUACCUAAUGGCGCAAGUAUACCAGUUAAACAUGUUGGUUCUAUUACUCUGCAGUCAGGAUUGAGACUGGGUCGAGUUCUUCAUGUUCCUAAAUUUCGCUGCAAUUUGAUUUCUGUGAGCCGACUAACAAAAGACAAUCAUGUUG